UUUGCGCCAGUGCCGCGGGACGCGGUGUCAUCCGGCCGCUGCCGCACCGAGCGCGGCGGGGCCGCGGCGCCCGGGACACGCGAGGGCCGGCAAAGCCACCGGCACCGGGAGCGGAACAGGCGCUCGGUGGCCAUGGCCGGGAACAGCCUGGUGCUGCCCAUCGUUCUGUGGGGCCGGCGCGCCCCCACCCACUGCGUGUCCUCCCUGCUGCUCGUGGAUGGCUCCGUCAUCGUCACCGGCUGCCACGACGGGCAGAUCUGCCUCUGGGACCUGGCUCCUGACCUGCAGAUCAAUCCCAGAGCUCUGCUCUUUGGUCAUACAGCCUCAGUUACUUGUUUGUCCAAGGCCUCAGCUUCCAGUGAAAAGCAAUAUAUAGUGAGUGCAUCAGAGAGUGGCGAGAUGUGCCUGUGGGAUGUGAACGACGGGCGCUGCAUCGAGUUCACCAAGCUGGCCUGCGCGCACACGGGCAUCCAGUUCUAUCAGUUCACAGUCGGCACGCAGCGCGAAGGGAGGCUCCUGUGCCACGGGCACUAUCCUGAAAUUCUGGUCGUGGAUGCUGCCAGCCUGGAGGUUCUUUACUCUCUGAUAUCCAAGAUCUCUCCUGACUGGAUCAGCUCCAUGGCCGUCAUCCGCUCCAACAGGACACAAGAGGACACUGUCGUGGCUGUGUCCGUGACUGGCAUCCUGAAAGUCUGGAUCAUCACCUCGGAAGUCAGUCGGAUGCAGGACACCGCCCCGGUGUUCGAGGAGGAGUCCAAGCCCAUCUACUGCGAGAACUGCCAGAGCAUUUCCUUCUGCGCCUUCACGCAGCGCUCGCUCCUCGCCGUGUGCUCCAAGUACUGGAGGGUCUUCGAUGCUGGAGAUUAUUCGCUCUUGUGUUCAGUGCCCAGUGAAAACGAGCAGACCUGGACUGGUGGGGACUUUGUGGCAGCUGAUAAAGUGAUUGUAUGGACAGAGGAUGGACAAAGUUUCAUCUAUAAAUUACCAGCCAGCUGCCUCCCAGCCAGCGAUUCGUUCCGCAGGGACGUGGGGAAGGCGGUGGAGAACUCGAUCCCACCUUUGCUGUACAGCGUGUUGGACAGAGCAGAGAAACAGCUCCUAAUAUGUCCUCCAGUGACUCGCUUCUUCUGUGGCCAGAGAGAGUUCUCCUACAGGCUCCUGAUCCAGGGGGACUCCUCGGGGAGGCUGUGCAUUUGGAGCGUGCCCGACGCCCUCGACCGGCAGGAGGGCGCGAAAGGCCUGCAGACGACCACGUCCAGGUCGCUGCAGGAGGCCUUCGACCAGCUGAGCCCGCGGCCCGCGGGGAUCAUCGACCAGCUGAGCGUGGCGGCCAACGCCGGCGAGCCGCUGCGCGUCACCGCCAGCGUCUACAUGCCGGCCCACGGGCGCCUGGUGUGCGGCCGCGAGGACGGCAGCAUCGUCAUCGUGCCGGCCACGCAGACCGCCAUCGUGCAGCUGCUGCAGGGCGAGCACAUGCUGCGCCGAGGCUGGCCCCCUCACCGGACGCUCCGCGGCCACCGGAACAAGGUGACGUGUCUGCUGUACCCUCACCAGGUGUCCUCCCGCUACGACCAGAGGUACCUGAUCUCAGGAGGGGUGGAUUUCUCCGUCAUCAUCUGGGAUAUCUUCUCGGGAGAGAUGAAACAUGUCUUCUGCGUCCACGGCGGAGAAAUCACCCAGCUGCUCGUUCCGCCGGAAAACUGCAGUGCCAGAGUCCAGCACUGUGUUUGCUCCGUUGCCAGCGAUCACUCCGUGGGUCUGCUGAGCCUGAGGGAGAAGAAGUGCAUCAUGCUGGCGUCCCGCCACCUCUUCCCAAUCCAGGUGAUCAAGUGGAGGCCGUCCGAUGACUACCUGGUGGUGGGCUGCUCCGACGGCUCCGUGUACGUCUGGCAGAUGGACACCGGGGCGCUGGACCGCUGCGCGAUGGGCAUCGCGGCCGUGGAGAUCCUCAGCGCCUGCGACGAGGCCGUGCCGGCCGCCGUGGACGCGCUCGGCCACCCCGCCGUCAACCUGAAGCAGGCCAUGACCCGCCGAAGCCUGGCCGCCCUCAAGAACGUGGCCCACCAGAAGCUGCAGACCCUGGCCACCAACCUGCUGGCCUCUGAGGCCUCGGACAAGGGCAACUUACCCAAAUACUCCCACAACUCCCUGAUGGUUCAGGCCAUCAAGACGAACCUGACGGACCCCGACAUCCACGUGCUGUUCUUCGACGUGGAGGCGCUGAUCAUCCAGCUGCUGACGGAGGAGGCGGCGCGGCCCAGCGCGGCGCCGGCGUCCCCGGGGAGCCCGCGGAAAGCGCCCGGCGGCGCCGACAAGGGCGGCUCCUUCCUCGCCGGCAAGCGCGCCGCCGUGCUCUUCCAGCAGGUCAAGGAAACCAUCAAGGAGAACAUCAAGGAGCACCUCCUGGACGACGAGGACGAGGACGAGGAAGGCGCCAGGCGCGGGAGAGAAGAGGGCGACCCGGAAUAUCGUUCCAGCAAAUCCAAGCAGCUGACCCUGCUGGAGUACAACCUCACCAUGGACACGGCCAAGCUCUUCAUGUCCUGCCUGCACGCCUGGGGCCUGAACUCGGUGCUGGACGAGCUGUGCCUGGACCGCCUGGGCAUGCUGAAGCCUCACUGCUCCGUGUCCUUCGGCCUCGUGUCGCGGGGCGGCCACAUGUCCCUGAUGCUGCCCGGCUACAACCGGCCCGUGGGCGGGGCGGCCCCGCAGGAGCUGGGCAGGAAGAUGUCGGUGACCGAGGGCCUGGGCAAGGGCACCUACGGCGUGUCGCGGGCCGUCACCACGCAGCACCUGCUGUCCGUCAUCUCCCUGGCCAACACGCUGAUGAGCAUGACCAACGCCACCUUCAUCGGGGAGCACAUGAAGAAAGGCCCCACCAGGCCACCCAGGCCGGGCACCCCCGAGGCGGCCAAGGUGAAGCCGGCCCCUCCCGCAGCAGCAGCAGCAGCAGCGCAAGGGCAAAUCAAACAAGUCGCUCCUGCUGCUGCUUCCAGCACGGAAUCUGGCCACUCUGACACUUCUGCUUUCCAUUCCUGUUUCUUAGUCAACGAAGGCUGGAGCCAGCUGGCUGCCAUGCACUGCGUGAUGCUGCCCGACCUGCUGGGGCUGGAGAAGUUCCGGCCGCCGCUGCUGGAGAUGCUGGCCCGAAGGUGGCAGGAUCGCUGCCUGGAGGUGCGGGAGGCGGCGCAGGCGCUGCUGCUGGCCGAGCUGCGCAGGAUCGAGCAGGCGGGCCGCAAGGAGACCAUCGACACCUGGGCCCCCUACCUGCCCCAGUACAUGGACAGUGUCAUCUCCCCUGGAGUGACCACAGAAGCCCUUCAGAGCUCGAGUGCCACCCCAGAUCCCUCAGGAGCAGAAGCCAAAGCCCAGGAGGAGGAGCACGACCUGGUGGACGAUGACAUCGCAGCGGGCUGCCUGGCGGGGCUGCCCCAGCCCAAGAAGGUGUCCACGUCCUACGAGGAGCGGCGCAAGCAGGCCACGGCCAUCGUGCUGCUGGGCGUCAUCGGCGCCGAGUUCGGCGCCGAGAUCGAGCCGCCCAAGCUGCUGACGCGGCCCCGCAGCUCCAGCCAGAUCCCCGAGGGCUUCGGCCUCACCAGCGGGGGAUCCAACUACUCCCUGGCCAGGCACACGUGCAAGGCGCUGACGUUCCUGCUGCUGCAGCCGCCCAGCGCGCGGCUCCCGGCGCACAGCACCAUCCGCCGCACCGCCAUCGACCUCAUCGGCCGCGGCUUCACCGUCUGGGAGCCCUACAUGGACGUGUCGGCCGUGCUCAUGGGGCUGCUGGAGCUCUGCGCCGACGCCGAGAAGCAGCUGGCCAACAUCACAAUGGGGCUGCCCCUGAGCCCGGCGGCCGACUCGGCGCGCUCGGCUCGCCACGCGCUGUCGCUGAUCGCCACCGCCCGCCCGCCCGCCUUCAUCACCACCAUCGCCAAGGAGGUGCACAGGCACACGGCGCUGGCGGCCAACACGCAGUCGCAGCAGAACGUGCACACCAGCACGCUGGCCCGCGCCAAGGGCGAGAUCCUGCGCGUCAUCGAGAUCCUCAUCGACAAGAUGCCCGCCGACGUGGUGGACCUGCUGGUGGAGGUGAUGGACAUCAUCAUGUACUGCCUGGAAGGAUCUUUGGUUAAGAAAAAGGGUCUUCAGGAAUGUUUUCCAGCCAUCUGCAGGUUCUACAUGGUGAGUUACUACGAGCGCAGCCACCGCGUCGCCGUGGGAGCGCGCCACGGCUCCGUGGCGCUCUACGACAUCCGCACGGGCAAGUGCCAGACCAUCCACGGCCACAAGGGAGCCAUCACCGCCGUGGCGUUCGCCCCCGACGGCCGCUACCUGGCCACCUACUCCAACUCGGACAGCCACCUGUGCUUCUGGCAGAUGAACACCUCUCUCCUGGGCAGCAUCGGCAUGCUCAACUCCGCUCCCCAGCUGCGCUGCGUCAAGACCUACCAGGUACCCCCGGUGCAGCCGGCCUCGCCCGGCUCGCACACCGCGCUGCGCCUGGCGCGCCUCAUCUGGACCUCCAACCGCAACAUCAUCCUCAUGGCCCACGACGGCAAGGAGCACCGCUUCAUGGUCUAGGUGAGCCCGGUCUAGCUGAGCCCGGCCCUGCGGGGCCGCCGAGGCUCCUCCCGCACGGAUGUCACCCGAUCCCGCUUCCCUUCGGAGCCUCCCGAGAUGUGUUUACACGGGGUGCCGCCGGAAAUGGGGAUUUGGGGUUUGGCGGCCGCGCUGGUCCCAAAGGGUGAAGGGGUUGGAAGAGCUGCCGUGCCCACGCAGGAAGGAAAAAAUGUGUAAAUAAAUAAUUUAAAAAUGCUGUUAAAAUAAUUUAAAAAUCCUGUUAAAGCCAGGGCCCUGGUUCUGCCCUGGCUUGGUAAAAAAGCAGUAUUUGUAUAGAAAGGUGGUUUUCGCCGCCAGUGCGGGUAUUUAUUUAAAUAAAGGACAAAAGGGGGCGUUUUGAAUGGAAAAAUGAUCAAAAUGAUGGAAAAAAAAAAAAAGAAUUCGUGACUGGAUGUACUGAAAUAUUUCUUUCAGUAGGAACAUUCCUGUGUGACACUCGCUGUGACUGUGUUUCCUUCUUACAUAUCUGGUUUGUGGAAUAUUUUGUGUGACAUUUUCUGGUUUCUGCUCAUGGGAAAGAGAAAAAACCAAAAAUCUCUCAAAUCCUUUUAUUUCAAUAUCUCUGUUUGUGCAGCUUUUCCUUGGCUGCAGAGCUCGGACCUGAGACUGGCACUACCUGCUAAGCUAAAAAUGCCACUCGUUCCAAAAAUGAAGGAAUUCAUUUCCCCCCUGGCUCCAAAAGAGAAAAGAAAUGUCUUUUGUUCCCCUUUGGGUUACGUGUGUGGUGCUUUGCUCGAAGCAGGAGGCUCAGAGCCCGAGGAGCCGGGGCUGCCCCCGGUGCCACCGCGCUGCUGCCAGCUCGGCCUCGUCCCCGUGUCCCACCCGGUGACACCGGGGUGACAAAGUCACCGUGUGAUGUUCCAGUGUCUGCUUCUCCUCAAAUCUGCUCCCCGCCCUCUGUGGAUUCAAGUUCCUGGUGUAAAUGUGCUUGCGGAAUAAAGCCGGGCUGAAACGCG